AUGGCCCUUCCAACAGGCGACACAACGACGAUGCGUUCUGGCAGCAACAAGAACAAGAACAACAAUAACGACGACGGUAACAAUAGCAUCAAGAAUGCAGACAACCUCGAUGCCAUGAGCGAACUGGCAGUGGGCCAGAUGUGUUUUGACAGAGAAUUGCGUGUUCGAGAGAUGUCUCACUUUAAUUUGCAAUACCUCUCGGCCCAGUCGGUCGGGUCAGCAAUGUGGCCAGCCCAUUCAGAAAAGGAGAGCAGACAAGGUAGGGAAGUAUAA